CCAUAACAACCCAAGCAUUAAAAAAAUUGUACUAGUAAUUUGGAUACGAUGAACUGGCAAUUUCUAUCGGUCACCAGACUUUUCACUCUCAUCACAGUAUCACUCUCAUCACAGUUUCACACACCUUUUCGUGUUCAUUCCUCAAACCAACCCAGAAAAAAAUUCCCAGAAAUCCUCAUAAACUCAUUCCUCCAUCAAUUACAUCGUGUUUAUUCCUCAAAUCAACCCAGAAAAAAUUCCCAGAAAUUCUCAUAAAAUCGUUUUUCUCCAUCAAUUUCAUCCAUGGCAAACGCCUGGAAAAGAGAAAGAUCUCUUAAACUUUUAUCCCCAAAUUCAUUCCUCUUACUCCUUUCUCUCUCUUUCCUCCUUCUUCUCCUCUUCUUCCUCGCUUCUAAACCCUCAAAUCUCACUUCCAAUCCAACCCCAGAUGUCAAACUUUCUCUUUCUUCUUUCACCUCGAAAAUCCCACCUUAUAAUUGCUUCAAAUCUCCGCAAUCUCACCCUGUAAUUGCAAACAUUGUUGAAGGUGUUAAAUACCCUUUUCUUUACUCACUCUCUGAUCUUGGAAAUUUGCCUGAAAAACCCCAUAAAAAUAUUCAGAGAAUUCUUAAGAAUAAACCCUUUAAAAAGCCUGAUAUUUCUGCUACUGUUCAAGAGGUUUUGGGUAAGUUUCAGGCUGAGGGUAAAAAUGGGAUUUUUGUUGAUGUUGGUGCUAAUGUGGGUAUGGCUAGUUUUGCUGCUGCUGUGAUGGGUUUUCGGGUUUUGGCAUUUGAGCCUGUUUUUGAGAAUUUACAGAGGAUUUGUGAUGGGAUUUAUUUUAAUCGAGUUGGGGAUUUUGUUACUGUUUUUGAAGCUGCUGCAUCUGAUCAUUUCGGGAGCAUUACUUUCCAUAAGUUAGUUGGCCGGUUAGAUAAUAGUGCUGUUUCUGCUGCUGGUGCGAAGUUGGCAUUCAAAUCAAAUGAAGAGAUAGCGGUUGAAGUAAAGACCAUUCCUCUUGAUGAAAUUAUCCCAGACUCUGAGCCUGUGCUGCUGCUAAAAAUUGAUGUACAGGGCUGGGAAUAUCAUGUUUUGAAGGGUGCCAAAAAGCUGCUCUCAAGAAAAGGAGCUGAAGCCCCUUAUCUGAUAUAUGAGGAAGAUGAACGCUUGUUGCAAGCAAGCAACACAACGGCCAAAGAAAUCCGGGCCUUCCUUGAGACUGUUGGUUAUGAUCAGUGCACAAUGCAUGGUACUGAUGCUCACUGUACCAAGAAGAAAUGAGGUAUUACCGAAAUUUCUUGCCCGAAAUAUUGGAGUCUAGUCUACUCUAGUGAGAAACUUGUAACACUGUAACAGAAUCACUAUGGUAAACUCAGAACAAACACAUGAAGUGAGAGCUGUGAGACAGCAGGGGAACUUUUUGUUGAUGACCAGAUAAGUAGAUAACUGAUUAGCUGACUGAUAUUGUGGCGGUUUCUCUGUUGAGGGUCAGCCAAGGCGAGAUUAUUUAUAAUUGUGGGAAAUUGUUGUCUGCAAUUUACACGAUCAACUACUGAUCUGAGAAGCGCUGGAGGUUGAAACUUUAAAGCGGACCUACUUAGCUCCUUGUGGACUUGUAAUUGAUUCUUUAAUGUCCUAAUGAUUAUUCUUUGAUCCAUGUCCUGUAAUGUGUUCACAUUUUGUGUAAUGUCAAUUCAUACUUCAUAUAUGACCGGAAACUGGUUCUUGAAUUUGGAUCCAUUAUAAUUUAUACGUCAUAUAUGAUAGUUUUGUACUUUCGUUUC